AUGGAAUCACCCGGACUAAGUGAUCCACAACAACCUCGAGACGACAUGUCUCAGAGUUCAAGCAGCGUUGCUAAUGUUGAUAGAUCAGAGACCCCAGAUAGCAAUCGUGGUCCUGUUGAUGAUGAAUCUGCAGCUGACAGUCCUAAAAUAACAAAACCAGUUCUUGGCAAAGUUCAAGCUAAGAAAAGAUUAAUGGCAUUUGCUAGUAAGUUUACUGCACCAUUAAUACAAAAGAGUUCUGAUAAAGGUUUUAGUUUUAAAAGUCGUAACCUAAAUUCAUUUCAAGUAAAUAAGAAAAAAUUAAGUAGCAGUUCGAAAGAUUCAAUGGAAGGAGAAAAUAUAGCGAGAAAUAAAACAAGUAUUGAGCUUGAACUAUCCGAAAAAAUUCAACCUGAUAUAACAGUAACACUAAAAUCAAAAUCAUCAAGUAAAAAAACUAAAAAAAGAGCUGAACCGAAAAUAGCUGCUAUCGAGGAAAUCAUUCGUGAAGCCGCUAAAGAAAAAGAAUUACUAGCCAUGCAAUUGAGUGAGCAAAAAGCAAGACAACAACAAGAAGAAAAUAAUCUUGAUGAUUUACCCCGUAAUAAUGGUAGAAGUGAUCGUAAUAAAAGUUUUGGAAGGCAUCAGCAGUGGGGUAAUCGUCGUAGUCAAAACUUUCACAAUGACAAUUUUCGACGGGGUAAUUUCAAUCAAAAUUAUGGUGACAGAAAAUUUAAUGAUAGACGAAGAACAUUUAACAAUGAAUAUUUUCGUGAUCGUUCUAAAAGUAGAGAGAGAAGAGAAAGAGAGGACCGAGAAAGAAGAGAAAAAGAAGACAGAGUAGGAAGGGAAAGAGAAGAUAGAGAAAAACCUCGACGGAAUUUAUUCGAUAUGGAUCAGCAGUUUAAAAUGAAAGAAUACAAACACGACAAUAAGCAUUUCAACAAAAAUCGGAAUUAUAAUGAUCAUAAGAGAGAGAAAAAAGAGGAAAUCAUUGAGCGGAAAAUAAAAACUCCUUGGAAAAAUUUUAAAGGGCAAAAUGGUCGAAUACGAGAAAGAUCUUUAUCGUUAGAAAUAAAUGAAGAUUCGAAUUUUCUUGCGAAUAGAGAAGUUAAGUUUAAAACAGCACAAGAUUAUAAUGCACAACUGGAACAUAUGUUAUUGAUUGGAGAUCAUCAUGUAAAACGAAAUUGUGUCACUGUCGAUGGAAUAAAUGAUGUUAAAAAACAGUACCCACCAGAAUCAAUUCGUGUUACAAAGAAAUUUAAUGUUCCGAGUUUAUUUUACAGUGAAAAUCCAAAACUGUCUCUUCUACUUCCUUGUCAGCAACUUUAUCAAAUACUUCCCCCAGAUCGCUGUAAUACCAUGCGAAAAAUAGCCGAUGGAACUGUCGAGCCUUCAAAGGAAGUUGAAUACGAUCAAGGUCCUCGGACAUGGUACAAACAUAUGCACAGGUCUAGAUCGAGAGACGCAACUCAUGAAGUUAAAGAUACUGAAAAAUCUAAGUUUUCAGUGCGUAAGUCGAAAAAAUCAAAAUCUAGAUGGGACAGCGGGGAUGAGACGAUGGCAAAAGUUGAAGUUCCUUCGUGUAGUUCUUCUCAGGUUCAAUCAGAACAUUCAGAUGAAGAAAAUGAAGUUACAAAAGUGCAACAAAAAGACGAUGCAGAAAAUGUAAAAUCUGUAACAAAAGAAUGUUUGGAAACCAGAGAAGAAGUAGAAGAAGAAGAAGAAGAAGAAGAAGAAGAAGAAGAAGAAGAAGAAGAAGAAGAAGAUGGUGAGUUACCAAAAGAAGAAGAAGAAGAAGAAGAAGUACAAGAUGAAGAUCUAGAGGAAAAUGAUGAGGAUGAAGAAAUGGAGAAAGAGGACGGAGAAGCUGAAGAUGAAAAAAUUAUUUUGCUGGAAAAACUAGACUCACCUUCUGAAUCUUCUUGUUCAAAUAAAAUGAUACCCGAGGAAGAUUUAUCUAACAAAAUUGAAUCAGAUUUACUAGUAUCUAAUGAAGAGAUACAAACAAUAGAGACACCUAUUGAAGAAUCAUCAAGUGAAAUAAAUGCUAAAACAUUACAAUUAGUUACAGAUAACAAUAAUGAUAACUUAAUUAAGAAAGUUGAAGUUGGAAAAAAGUUGGUAUCGGAAUAUGAAGAAUUUCUGAAGAUGGUUGGUCAUGAUGAAGAGGAAGAAGAUUCUAUAGCCAUUGAUCUGAAUUUUGAAAAUCCUUCAGUGAUAAAAAAGGCCGAUGUUGAGCCAGAGGUUAUUAAUCAACUAAUAACUAAUGAAUUUAUUGAAGAAAAUACCGAUCAAGACAUUAAGAUUACUCCAGUAAUGAUAGAUUCUGUUGAGGAAAAUAAAUCUCUUAGUCGCUCUGAGAAUACUUCAGAUAUUAUUGAUGCUAAAAUUGAAAAGAUUGAUGAAACAAUUGUAAUAGACUCUGAAAUAGGAGGUGGUUGGGAAAAUAUUAAAGAAAAAAUAAAACAUAAAAAAUCAUUGAGAUCCCGAAAACGAAGAGAACGUAAAAAGAAGAAAAAUAGAAAAAAAGUAUCAUCUAGUGAGAGUAGUGAUUCUUCAUUUAGUUCAUCGGAGUCUGAAGCUGAGAAACGUAAAAGAAAACGCAAAAGAAAGAGAAGGAAGAAACGUACACGAGAUUCAAGUUCUGAUAGUUCCAGUAGUGACAGUGAUGCUUCUUCUAGUGAUGAGAGUAUUAAAUUGUCGAAGAAAAAGAAAAGAAGAAGAAAAAUUAAAAAGAAGCUGCGAAUUAAAAAUAAGAAAAAACGUUUAAGAAAAGAAAGUACAGUUUCAAAUUCAAGUUAUGAAUUUGAUGAAUUAACGCGUAAGCGUAAAAAAAGAAGAGAUUCAAAACAUCGUAAGACAUCUAAACAAAGACGAUCUAAGUCUACUGAGAAGAAAAAAAUAAAAGUUACUGAUGAGCGUAAAAAUGAGAAGAUAGAAAACGAAAAUCUCGAAGUAAUCAUUAAAAAAGAUGUGCCACAAUUACCACACUGGGAAACUGAAGUUAAAAAAUCUAAUGUUAGUAGCAUUGAAGUAAGUCCUGAAGUUACUCAAAUUAAAGAAUCUUCAGAAGAUAAAACGAUUCCACAGGUAAUCAUAGAAGCAGCGAUAGCUGAAAAGCUUUAUGAAGUAUGGGACAACAGCUCAAAUUACACACAGAUUACACAGCCGCUUGAUGAUCAACAGCCAGAAGAAUCCAAAAUUGAAGAAACGCAGAGUGAAAAAAGUGAAGUUGUGAAUGAAAACCCUACUGCCGUAGAAGAUGAAGAAAAAUCUAUUGAAAACACUGAACCUGUGCAUCAUUCACCAACUGAGAAAGCUACCGAUGUUAUUGAAAUAACUACUGAUACAGUAAGUGAUAAUCAAAGUGAUAAAAAGAGUCAAAGAGAUAGUUCAAGAAAUAAAAAGGUUAAAAAAACUAAAAAGAAGCGUCGCAGUAUUAGUACUUCUAGCACAUCAAGUGAUACUAGCAGUGAAUCAUCGGACGAUGUCAGCAGUAAAAAGAAAUCUCGUGAAAAGCGGAAAAAGAAAAGUCGCUCAAAGCGACGCUCGCCUAGUCAGUCGGAGUUGAUUAAAAAACUUAAAAAAUAUCGUGCUAAAUUAACAGAAUCAUUGGAUUUUGACGCAUUACAUUUUCCAUCUUUAACACAACUUGAAGAGAAUACUGAAACUUUACCUAUUAUCAAUGAUUGGGAAGUUGACAGUAUGGAUGCUGUAGAGAAAUUCAUUACAAAUGCAACAAAAGAAAUAUCUGCAGAAAAAUCUGAUAAGAAAGUUGAGAAAGCAUUAUUAUAUGACAGCAAAACUGAUAUGUAUAUUCCUGUUGAAAAGAAUAAAACUCCACGAGAAAAUAAAAAGAAACCGGCUAAUAGAGUUUGUUCAUUAAGAAUUUGGGAAGAUGAGGAGGAAGAAGGUGAACGGGAAGCGAAAAUGUUGAUGGAAGAAAAAAUUAAAAUUGAGAAUGAAUUACAAGUUCCGGAUGAUCAACUGAAAAUUGAAACUAUUACAUCACCUACUUCAACAAUUAUCGAGGAGAAAAAAGAAGAAGAGAAAAAGGUUGAUGAUAUUUCAGAGAACAUUGUUAAAAAAGAAGACGAAGAAGCAAAAACUUCAAUAGAAGAAAAAUCUUUAGAAUGGGUAAAAAAUGUUCCUGAGUGUGAAAAUAAUGCUGUAGAAAUUUUACCUGAACAACAAGUGCCGAUGACGACGCGAUGGACUGAACCUAGUCCAGUUUUAUUAAAAGAAGAAGAAGAAGAAGAAGAGUUGGAAGAUGAUAAUCUUGUGCCUGUAAACUGGGAAGAAGAAGAAAUUGAUUGGGAAAACCAGUCAUCAUUAAUUACUGGUGUUAAAUCAGUACAGACAUCAAAGAAUAAAAAAGAAUCUAGUGAGAGUAGUAGUGAUAGUAGUGACACUAGUAGUAGCAGCGAAAGUAGCGAUAGCGAUACUGAAAAUGUUAAAAGAAGUCAACAUAAUUCUUUGGAUAAAUCUAAAAAUGUAAGUCCAGCUGUAGAAACUGAUGCAAUGAAGAAAUUGCGUAUGAAUAUGUUUGCCGAGUUUGCGACACUCGAGUCUACAGACAAUUUUUCUCAACUUUCAGACCAGAAAAUCAAUUCAAACGUAUCACCAUUUAAAUUAAGUCCUCAACAAUUGCAAUUAGCAAAAUCUGAAGUCAAAUCGGGUGAAUCUGCGGAUAUCUCCGUACCAAUAUUCGAUGAUACUCGUUUUGUUACCCAAACACGUGAGUCAGAUACUGUUGUAGAAAAAGGAAAAUUCCGUGCAAGUUUCCAAGAAGUACGACUUAGAUCAUAUUCAAGAUCUCCAGAACAAGAUUCAAAGAGAAGUUUGAAUUCCCGAAACGACAAAUCUAAAACUCGCAGUAGUGAAGACAGAGCAAGUAGUUCAAGCUAUCGCAGCAGUAGUCGUGGUUCAGUCAAAGACUCUUCUAGAGAUCGUAAAAAAGUUGAUGACAAAGACUUGAAAAGAUCUUCCCUCAGUGCUGAUCAAAAGAAGAUCAGUCCUCUCAGUGAUCGCGGCUUGAAAGAAAAACGCCAUUCUCCACUUUCAUGGAAUAGAAGUCGCAGUAGAAGCCGUAGUUGGAGCCGGAGUCGUAGUAGGACUCCUUCUAAAAGAGAUGACAAGUUAUCAUGGGACCGUCAAAAACGUAUGGGGCGUGUUGAUGAUAGACGAGAAAGAUUUUCAAGAAGUCCAGAUCGUCGAGGACGAUUGCAUAGAAGCAAUGAAAGCGAAAGAGGUCGUGAACGUGAUCGUAGUCGUGACAGAGAUUGGAGUCGUGAAAAAAUUACCGAGAAGGCUUAUGAUCCUAUGGAAAUUUUAAGAGGUGUUGCUCAUGGUGGUGAUAAACAACGACAAGCUGCUUUGGAACGACCUCUCGAUUCUUUGGAUGUUAACAUCUCAUUUUCAAGUGAUUUAAAUAAAUCUCGCUACAGAAGUAGAAGCCGAAGCCGAAGCCGAAGCCGAAGUAGAAGUAGGGAACGACGGAAUCGUGAUAUCGAUUGGGAUCGAUCUCGUGAAUCACCUGACUCAUCUCGUAGCAGAUCUUUAGACACUCGAAAAUCAUCACGACUGUCUCCAAGAUCAAGAGGUUCUCCGCUGAGAUCUGGACGUAGUAGAUACUCAAGUCGCUCUCGAUCUCGGUCAUGGACCAGGUCCAGAUCAAGAAGUCGCUCACGUUCAAGAUCACGGUCUACACAAAGAUUUAGAUCACGAUCUCGAUCAUCUUCAAGAUCAAGGUCAAGAUUAGGAUUGAGAAAUUCGGAUCGUGGUCAAAGAUCAUUAGACAGGUCCCGACGUUCAAGAUCAUUUUCUCCAGAACAACGAAAAUUAAACACAGUUGGUGGUAUGGGUUACCGAAAAAGUCCUAGUAAAGAACAAAUUCAACAAAUAGAAACAAUCAUUCAUCCACCGGGAAUAAGUUCAUUGUCCCAUCAAAAACCUCAAAGUAUUUCACAAGUUAAUGAUUCGAAUAAUAUACCAGUGCCUACUCAACAGUUUGAAUACUCGUAUUACCCUGGAAAUAACUUGACUUAUCCACCACGUUUAGAGACCACCACUAUAACUACACCGACUAUGGCAGCUGCGACUAUAAAUCCACCUGCAGGAUCACCAAAACGUCUUUCACUGGAUGAAAGGCUAGAAUUGGAGUUAGGAAUUAAGAAAAGUCAAGAGUCUUUACCACCACCUCUACCAACAUCACUGCCACCACCACCACCGCCACCUCACACUUACCAUCUUCCCAAGUAUAACCCACCAACCAUGCAAUAUCCACCAACAUCGGUAGUGCCAGUUCUUCAACCACGUAUUCCAACAUCUCUUCAUGGUCCAUAUGCACGCCCACAACAGCCUACAGUGCUCCAAGUCGGCAAUGUUCUACAAGUUGUACCAGCUGAAUAUACUAGUCCAGUUCCUCCUGUGGGAAUCAGAAAUGAUAUGCCAACACCACCAUCGUCAACUAGUAAUAAUCCAAACCGUUUGGUACGUGUAGGUAAUGUCGUGCAAGUUGUACCAUCUACGACAUUAGAUUGGAGUGGACCUGUACCUCCACCAGCACCAAUACCGUCAACAUCAUCAUUACCAAUGAGCAGCGUGCCAAUGGCAAUUCCUGUUCCUAUGCCAACUCCUGUUCCAAUGCCAAUAAUUUCAAGUGUACCACCAGUUUCGCAUGCAAUUAUUGUUCCAGUCCCUCCAGCCACCCACGUUCAACCGAUUUCAAGACCAGCUCAGAUGGCAGCACUUCCUAAACUUGAACCUCCAAAAGCACCACCGGUUCUUCAGCCAAUUUACAAUUAUGAAGCUAUCAUGGAAGUUAGGAAGAAAGAAAAAGAAGAGCGAAAACAAUUGCGUGAUGAAAAACGUCGUGAAAAAGAACGUAAAAAAUUGGAAAAAAUGCAUCGUCGUGCUAAACGUGCUCUGGGACAGUCCAGUAGUCAUAUAGCUACUGAAUCACCCGUUGAACCUGAUACUACUGUUGAAGUUGAAAUAGAAGAGGCAUCAGUUAGUAUACAGCCUGGACAUUCAGCUGAUGAAGAUAUUGAUGAACAAAUCCCUCCGACGCUUGGGCAAUCAGAUGAAAAUCUUCCGGAAGACGAAGAUGAAGAAGAAGAAUAUGACGAAGGAGAUGUUGAAGAAGACGAUGAAGAGGAAGAUGAGGAAGAAAUAGAACCUGAGCCAGAAAUUGAAGAUGAAUCACGCGUCGUGAAUUUAAGUGACCAACAACUUGAUAUUGAUGUACCUAGUGUUAAUGAAAAUAUUGAUGAAGAUUCAGCUCCUAAUGUUAAUGUUGAUGUUACGGCAUCAUUGCCUCCACCACCUAGAAAAGGAAUCCUCGUUCCUCCUGGUCUAUGGGAUGAAAGAAUAGCAAACGGUGUAUUGGAUGAUGAUUCUAAUACUGCUUCCAGUACUGCUGAUGUGGUACAAGCUGAUAGUGGAGAACUAUCAACAGCAAAUGUAAGUGAAGAAAAAUCAACUGAAGUAGAUCCAGAGGAAAAAAAAUUACGAAUACCAAGACAACGUAGAUCACGCAAAUCAGUGCAGUUUGCUGAUGGUAUAAAACCAGGCGAAGGUACGAGUCCAAGUGGCGGUGAGGGUGACAUGCCAUCUCCACCACCACCGACCCCUAUGUCUUUACAUGAUCCUCUAAAUGAACAUAUCAGAAGGUCAAGGUCUCGGAAGAAUCGUAAGAAGGCUAAACGUGCCAAACCUUUGAAAAUAAAGAAGAAGGUCAAGGUAAAAAUAAUAAAAUUAAAGAAGCCAAAAGUAACACCAUUGACAUCAAUGUUGAUGGAUGAUUCGGACGACAUGGAUGAUCGUUCACCUCCGCCGCCACCACCAGGAUCUCCACCGCCUCCGCAUCUAUGGCCAAGUUAUUUAGCUGCUUACAGCGCAAUUUUACGUCCUGUUGAAGGAACAUUAUCGCCGAAUAACAUCCAGGCUCCACCGCCUCCCACUCCAUUACCGCUACUAGUUCCUCCUCCUCCACUCAAUUGUCCUAUCUUACCUUGUAACAAAGCUUAA